UCUUCAUUUUGCUUCGCUGGUUCGUAGAUCAAGUCUCUCCGUGAUAAACGCUCCGUUUUUCGGGAAUCUAUCAAUUCAGAGGAUGUCUUCCAAGAUAAGCGUUGAACAAGUGGCAGGACCUUUCGAUCUUGGCGAAGGCCCCCACUGGGACGACGAAAAAAAGAUUCUCUACUUUACUGAUCUUCAUGAACGCAAGUUUGUCGCUUUGGAUCCUGCUACAAAAGAUUUCACCGAUACAUAUCUGAAGAAUGGGGCUGUGGGAGUGGCUGUGCCCGUAGCCGGCAAGAAAAACACAUUUGUAGGUGUAAGUGGUACCGAUCUUGUUGAGCUCCAAUGGGACCCAUUAACGCGCAACCCUGAACCUGAGAUUAAAGUUCUGUCAACGGUGGACGUGGAUCGCCCCCACAACAGAUUUAAUGACGGAAAAGUUGACCCAGCAGGGCGGUUUUGGGCGGGAACAAUGUCUGAGAAAGACGGCCUGAUCACCGAUAAUCAGGGAGCCCUCUACAGAUUCGAGAAGAAUGGCACGCCAGUCAAAGUUCUCGAUAAUGUGACCAUCAGCAAUGGCCUCUGCUGGAGUAAUGAUAACCAGACCUUCUAUUACAUCGAUUCACCAACCUUCGAAGUUGUUGCUUACGAUUACGAUAUAGACACUGGAGAUAUCUCCAACAAGAGGGUUGUCUUCAACUUGAAGGAAUAUAAUAUCCCUGGAAUACCCGAUGGUAUGACAAUCGACAAUGAUGGGCAUCUCUGGGUGGCAGUUUGCGACGGUAGCCGGAUUCUCGAGAUCGAUCCAGAGAGCAAGAAGCUCCUGCGGACAGUGACAAUGCCAGCUUCGAGAAUCACAAGUGUUGUUUUCGGUGGACCUAACUAUGACAUUCUUUACGUCACAUCAGCAAGGCAUGGUCUGUCUACUGCUGAUUUGGAGAAGCAACCCGCGGCUGGAUAUGUUUUCGCCAUUCAUGGUCUGGGAGCAGUAGGCACCAAGUCUCUCAAUGCUAAGAUGUAAAAGUUUAUGUUUUUGUUGCAAUUAUGAUGUAUGAUUAUUCAUGAAGAGAUGAAGGAAAAAAUAAAAAAAAAGCGAGGAUUCCCUUAUUA